GGGAGCUAGUGGGAUGGGUAUGUGGAUUCGAAUUCAGUAGCUCGCUAGCGACCGUGGAUAACGUUACCACUGCUAGCUAGGUGUUUACAUUAUCUUAAAUGGCCGUUUUCCAUUAAAUGGACGCUUCUGGCUACUAUUGUGACGUUUCCUGUUGUUGAUCGUCAGAAGAACUUCAACAAAUAUGAGUGACCAGGGGGACAUUUGUCCCCACCUGGAAUCCGUCGGGGAGGUCACCAAGGACGGCCUUCUGCAGAAAUCCAAGGGAACGUGCCAGUCUUGUGGAGCUGUAGGGCCCAAUCUCUGGGCCUGUCUGCAGAGCGAGUGUCCGUACGUUGGCUGUGGAGAAUCCUUUUCGGAUCACAGCACCCUCCACGCACAGGCUAAGAAACACAACCUGACGGUGAACCUGACAACCUUCAGGAUCUGGUGCUAUGUGUGUGAGAGGGAGGUGUUCCUAGAACGUUGUGUGUCUGUCACACCCCCCCCACACCACUGUAAAGCUGUGGACCAUCAGGAUCCCAUUCAUCAACCGGUGAGUCACCACCAUCCACUGAAGGUGGUGCCCAUCGCGGUAGCAGAAGAAGAGGGGUCUGAGUCAGAGGAGGAUGAUCUCAAACCUAGAGGUCUGACAGGGAUGAAGAAUAUCGGAAACUCCUGCUACAUGAACGCAGCUCUUCAAGCCCUGUCUAACUGUCCACCUCUCACUCAGUUCUUCCUGGACUGCAGUGGCUUGGUGCGGACUGACAAGAAGCCUGCGCUGUGCAAAAGCUACCAGAAACUCAUCUCUGAGCUCUGGCACAAGAAGCGUCCCAGCUAUGUGGUCCCCACCAGUCUGUCACAGGGCAUCAAGCUGGUCAACCCCAUCUUCCGUGGCUACGCCCAGCAGGUAGGGGCAAGCUCCCAGCAGGACACCCAGGAGUUCCUGCGCUGUCUGAUGGACCAGCUCCACGAGGAGCUGAAGGAGCCGAUGGCGGAGUGCGUGGAGGGGGGCGACGGCGACGAGCUGAGGGACGGGGGUGAUCGCUCCCCCUCCGAGGACGAGUUUCUCUCGUGCGACUCUGGCGCCAGCAGUGACCGGGGGGAGGGGGCAGGGCUCGGGGAAGUGGAGCUGCUGAUACAGGACGAGUGUGGGGCAGUGCCCAGGGAGGGAAGGGGAGGGCCCAUCUCCGAGAAGGAGAGGCUGAAGGAGAGGAGGCUGUCGCCACUCCACAGGGCAUCGCAGGAAAUGGACGAGGACGCCGAUGUGGAUACGGCGGCCGGGGAGGAGGCGGCUCCGGAAAGAUCGGCGGAGGAGGAAGAGGGGACCCCGCCCAGUCCUGGGCCACAGAGCCCGUGUCCGAGUCCCACACACCCUGCGUCCCCGGGUCAGACGCAGAACACCUCUGAGCCGGACAACGAGGCGGCAAUGCAGAAGCGCCCUCAGUCACGUCCCUGCAGCCCCGCACGCGCUGUCCCGGAGCUGCACCCCAAACUCUCCUCCAGCCCCCCUCGCUCCAGCCCCCUCCGCUCCGCAGGACCCCCAUACUCCUUUAAGAAAGCUCAGCUGCUCCUGGGUGCCAGGAAGAAGAAGCAGUCCCGCUACCGUAGUGUCAUCUCGGACAUUUUUGAUGGUUCCAUCCUCAGCCUCGUACAGUGUCUCACUUGUGACCGGGUGUCUUCCACAGUGGAGACCUUUCAGGAUCUCUCUCUGCCCAUCCCAGGUAAGGAGGACCUGGCCAAGCUCCACUCUUCUAUUCACCAGAACCUCCCCGCCAAGACCGGUGUGUCUUCUGACAUCUAUGGGUCCCAGGGCUGGAUAACCUACAUCAUGGACUCCAUACGCAGGUUUGUGGUUUCCUGCAUCCCCAGCUGGUUUUGGGGUCCCAUGGUAACAUUGGAGGACUGUCUCGCAGCCUUCUUCGCUGCUGAUGAGCUGAAAGGGGACAACAUGUACAGCUGUGAAAAGUGUAAAAAAUUGAGAAAUGGUGUGAAGUAUUGCAAAGUACUUCGUUUACCUGAGAUUCUUUGCAUUCACCUGAAGCGUUUUCGCCAUGAAGUGAUGUACUCCUUUAAGAUCAACAGCCAUGUGGCCUUCCCAUUAGAGGGACUUGACCUCCGACCUUUCCUUGCCAAGGACAGCCACUCCCAGAUCACUACCUACGACCUGCUGUCUGUCAUCUGUCACCAUGGCACCGCAGGCAGUGGUCAUUACAUAGCCUACUGUCAGAAUGUGAUCAACGGUCAGUGGUAUGAGUUUGAUGAUCAAUACGUCACAGAGGUCCAUGAGACUGUGGUGCAGAAUGCUGAGGCCUAUGUGCUAUUCUACAGGAAGAGCAGUGAAGAGUCAGUGAGAGAGAGGCAGAAGGUGGUGGCCCUAGCCAGCAUGAAGGAGCCCAGUCUGUUGCACUUCUACAUCUCCAGAGAAUGGCUCAACAAGUUCAACACCUUCACAGAGCCAGGGCCCAUCAGCAACCACACCUUUCUCUGUCAGCAUGGAGGGAUCCCCCCCAACAAGUACCACUACAUUGACGACCUGGUGGUCAUCCUUCCCCAGAAUGUGUGGGACUACCUGUACAACAGUUUUGGAGGAGGUCCAGCGGUGAACCACCUGUAUGUAUGUGCCAUCUGCCAGGUAGAGAUAGAAGCUCUGGCCAAACGCAGAAAGGUGGAAAUAGACACUUUCAUCAGGCUGAAUAAAGAGUUCCAGGCAGAGGAGGCUCCUUCAGUCAUCCUGUGUAUCAGUAUGCAGUGGUUCAGGGACUGGGAGAACUUCGUCAAGGGCAAAGACAAUGAACCCCCUGGUCCGAUUGACAACAGUAAGAUCGGUGUCAUGAAAGGAGGACACAUACAGCUCAAGCAAGGUGCUGACUAUGGUCAGAUCUCCGAGGACACGUGGCAGUAUCUGGUCAGUAUCUACAGUGGGGGGCCAGAGAUCGCAGUGAGACAGACCGUCCCGGCCCCCACCCCUGAGACUGACAGCCUGCAUGGAGAGAGGAAGAUAGAGGCUGAGACCAGGGCUGUCUGAGACUGACACACACACUCAUAAAGGUAGUUCUUGUCCAUAUUUCUGAUCUCGCCUUCAGUGGAGCUGUGCGUCAUUUACGCCUGGUUGAAGAAAGGCCUUGCCAUUAGCACUUUGGAAAAUGCAGAAAUAAACGAAAUUCUAUUACCUGCAGGAAGACAGUGGUCAAUUAUAUCAUCCUAUUGUUGUGAAAGAUUAAUUUAUUGAAUAAAUCUUAAGAUGUUUAAGUGAAACAUGUAACAUUGAGUGACCCCACAUCUCUGAGCUGUUUCAGUGACUGUGGUUGUUUGGUGAUCAAAAUGGCCGCUAUACUGUAGUAGAUGUCACACCGUCAAGUGUCCCACACAGAUGAGAAGCAGAUUGAGGGAGUGGAUUUGGGAAUAUGAUUCAGAGCGGUGACAUCAUCAGUGUUAAUUGCUGCUUGGCGUCUCAGGUCAACGUGUUCAUCCAUAUUUUCUGCUGUUCCAAACGAGACCGUCAAUGACGCCACGACACACUGUCAUUUCCUUCGUUGUGAGCCGUUGGAUUUAAGACGGUGCUGGUGUGGGGUUCCACUCCCUUUCAGAGGAGAACCGGAACACUUUCCAAGUGUUGUGACUUGUGGCAUCUCAUUGCUUAGUUUUUCCACUUCGCACAUUUUUCAUUUGACUCCUACAGAUUUUACGGUUAGACCCCCUAGCAGAUAUAGGCAGUAAUCUUAUAGGGACCUUGGGAAUCAGGCAGCCCCAGUUCUUCUGGAGAAAAGGGUUUCCUAAGAAGCAGACAGCACCAGUUAAGGGUAUCCGCCUAUUUGGGGAUGGUGAAGAGGUGUAUCCUGUCGCCAAAUGGAACUAUACAGUCUUGCUCAAGUUUCCAUAAUGUCUUGGUACAUCUACCUAGCUCAGCGAGACCAUCCAAACAUGCAGGUCAAAGGCCACUGGCUGGCACCUGUCUCCAUUAUUUUCUCUGCCUGGGGGAAAUAUAAUAUUCACCCACUUAUUCCUCUUGCCAUAUACUGCAUGUACUUACUACACGUCAGUGAACAUGUUAUAACCACUGGCAUACAAGUUUUACUGUUUUUCCUGUUGAUCUGGGUGCGGAAGGUGGUGAGAUUACAGAGAUUAUGUAAUGUCAUUAUGAGUUUCACCUUCCUGUUUUUUUUGUGUUGGUUUACAUUUUUUUUUUUUUUUACUAUCUAAAAUGUACAGCCCAAUUUCAUUGCGAUGGAUUUUUGAGAGUUCAAGAUUAUAGCAAGCCGUCUCCCUGGACAUCCACGUCAAGCCAUUCUGCUUUGUUUUUUCACACUGCUCUUUCAACCAAAAGGUCAACCUGGUCAUGGCGUGUGAGGGCAAGCUUACUCACUUGAUGACUGUAGUUAACUUUGCAGAUGCCUGAUCAACCUGAGGGAGGCGCUAAAGCACGAUGAGGCCUGGCAAUCCCUGCCGACUUUGUUACCCUGCUCCCUGGGCAAUAUGCUUCACCACCUGGAAGGCAUUCAAGCUUCACCCUAUUUCUGAUUCCCUGCGCACGCUACUGUGGUUAAUGGACACGUGUUCAUGUUAGUGUUGAAAUGCUUACUAAUGGAUAUUGAUUGAGUUGUUGGUCCAAAGAACUUCUGUGAGUGAUUCAAUGCUGUCGUGCUUAGGAGGUAUGUUAGCGUCCAAAAAGAAUGCAUCCAAAAAGCGUUUUUACAAAGAAAACGUUAAUUCUGUCCAUUUUUUAAGUGAUGACAAUGAUUAUCAUUAUUGUGUGUUACUUUUGUUUUUGACGGAUCUGUACAGAAGUAAGAUCUCCUGUAGUGUCCGUUUUUGUGAAAAAAUGCGACGACAACCUUCCUGGCUGUUUGUCUGUGUUCAGACAUCUUAGAAUAAUAAUAAUUAUUACAUUAUUAUUAGUCUGCCAAUGUGUUGCUGAAGUGUUGUAACUUAGAACUUCGAUAUGACCAAUAGACUACAGUGACAAUCCUUGUGCUGCAGAUUAAGCCUUUUUAAAUGUGACUGUGGGGCGUUUCUUAAUUCACCUCUGUUCUGAAUUUCUUAUUUGUUGUACUUUGGUUGUAAACACACAAGUUCCAUUUUCACUGGUUGAUGAUUGAAAAUAAAGGUGUUGAUCUUGUGGGAUUGAGUGGAUAGAGAACGACUUGCCUCAUGUCGUUAUUGUAAAGAGUAAUAGGAAUUAAGUGUUUUUCAAUGACAAGAGCGUAUCUGGGUGUUUUAAACCCAUUUGAGUGUAUGUGAAAAUCUAGAAUACUGUAAAUAUCAAUGAUUGUGAUUAAAAGCCUGUUCUUUCA